AUGACUAGCCUGUUUGGUGGUGGAGGCAGCAGCUCUUCGGGUGGUCUUAAUCAAGAGCGUCUCGAGAUGGCUCUCACAGAAAUGGACACAGUCACGGACCUGUUCAACCGAAUGGUCGCCUCAUGCCAGAGUAAAUGCAUUGCUCGGUAUGGGGAAGCAGACCUUAGCAAAGGGGAGACUGUUUGCAUCGACCGUUGUGUUUCCAAAUAUCACGAGGUUUACGGGAAGGUUGGCGACAAACUGAAGAUUCGAGGAGAGGGAAUGCAGCGCUAG